AGAGGUUGCCUCGGCAUUGCCUGGAUGCCACAGAAAUAUGGUUGGCAAGAUGCAUUGGAUGAUCUUUGCUGUUCACCACAGACUUUCAAGUACAAUGUAGCCAUCAACUCCUGCAAGAAGGCGCAGCAGUGGCAACGUGCCGUGCGCUUGCUGCUAGAUCUUCAACUGUCCCGCGGACAACCAGAUGUUCUCGCUUUCACUGCAGCCCUAUCAGCAUGUCAGGGUGUUGCAGAAUGGCAGAAAGCUCUUUGGUUGUUUGCAGACUUCUCGAGCAAAAAUAUGCAAGGAAACCUUGUUACGUUCACCUCAGUCAUCAGCGCAUGCUCCUCUGCGGUUAAAUGGCAAGAUGCUCUACACUUGCUGAACUUUUUGGAUGAGAAGGAUGUGAUCACCUACAAUGCAGCCCUGGGCGCAUGCAGUCGCUCGAGCCGCUGGCACCAAGCCUUGCAGCUGGUGAGGGAACUCGAUGAUCUUCGAGGCAACCUUGUGACUUGCAACACAUUGAUCAACGCAUGUACCAAAUCCCAGAGAUGGGAAGCGGCCUGUGCUGUUUUGGCCACUGGAAGGAAUCAAGAUCUUCACUGUGAUGUUAUCAGUUUCAACACCGCCAUCAGCGGCAUGAAGUCCUGGUCCAUGGCUUCAAAGAUGUUGUCACAGCUGGCUGUUUGGAGCGUCCAGGGGGAUCUCAGCAGUUUCACUUCAGUGAUUGCAACCCAGAGAUGGCCCCAAGCCCUGAACUGCUUGAAACUCAUGAGAGAUCUGGGAUGCCCAGGAUCUUCUGGACCGCGAAAUGCUGCCACCUGCGACAUGCCAUGGAUGCGCAUUUUGCAGCUGUUCCAACUGGAAAAAGUGGAUCUGAUUACUUACAACACAGCAAUUGAGUCAUCAGACUGGCAGAAGGCGGCCGAGCUGAUGGUGGAACUGAAAUGGAUCCAGCUCCAGGGAAGUGUGAUCACCUACAGUUCGGCCAUCUCUUCCGGGUCGUUUUCAGAGAUUUGGGAGCUUCGCUUGCAAUAUCUGCAACAUAUGCGCGCAGUUCAUGUAGAGGGCAAUCUGAUCUGCUACAACUCAUUGAUGGCGAACGGAGCCGAUGGUGCCUGGCAUCUUGCUUUGCAUUCCUUGGACGCAGUGAAGCAUCAGAUGAAGGCAGACAUCAUUACGAGCAAUGCCGCGAUCACGGCUGUUGCCGAAAGCUGGGAGAUUGCUCUUCAACUGUUGAAGGACCUGGAUGGCCUGUCAGCCAGCCUCAUUAGCUUCAAUGCUGUGUUAAGUGGCUGCCAAAAGGGAGGCCAGUGGCAGCGAGCUUUGUACAUUCUUUGGUCCAACGAGUCCAAUGAGUCCUCUGAUUUGAUCAGCUACAAUUCUGCGAUCAGCGCCUGUGAGGAAUGGGAAUGGGCCAUUGAACUUUUGAGGGAUCUUCAAGACAAAAAAAUGCAGGGAAAUGAUGUGACUUGCAGUGCAGCUAUCAGUGCCUGCGGACGAUGCAGAGAGUGGCAAAGAGCAAUCCAACUGUUGAUGGACACAGUAAAAAACAGGACCUCCAGCAUCAUCACCUACAACAGUGCCAUCAGUGGCUGUGAAAAAGCUGGGCAGUGGCAAAGAGCUCUUGGACUGAUUUGGGCUCUGGAGGAGAGAGAGAUUGAGGCCAAUGUCAUUACAUACAGUGCAGCAAUCAGUUCUUGCGAGAAGGGUGAACAAUGGCAAUGGGCUUUGUUGUUGUUGAACGACCUGCUGGACAAAAGACUUGCAGGCAAUCGGAUCACAUACACAUCCACUAUAAGUGCAUGCGAGAAGGGAGGACGUUGGCAAUGGGCGUUGUAUUUCAUGGCCGAGCUACAUUCUAUGAUGAUCAGAUGCAAUUCCAUUGCCCACUAUGCUGUGGUCAGAGCAUGUGAGUCUCAACACCAAUGGCAGAAGGCGCUUCAGCUCUACGCAGACUUCAAGGAAAGCUCGCUACAAGGCAAUAUUUUGAUGUACAGCACUGCCUUCAAUGCAUGUGAAGAAGGUCUCCAGUUUCAGCACUCUUCACAGCUUCUGGGUCAUCUUCAAGACGCUCUUUACACCGUGUUGCGGAAAAGACCUGCGUGGAUGCCUUUGCGAGACAUGACACCACCGGCCUCGGUGAGCUUAGUCCGCGUCGAUCAAUUUGCCCUCUUCCUUCAGUCCUUGUCAGUUGGACUGAGUUUACGUGAGGUCAUGCUCGCGGCGGACAAGCUACUGCUGACGAGCACCAUCAGAAAAAAUGCCACGGAACUCAAAGGAAAAGAAUUAGCUUUGCACAAGGGCAACUUUGAUGCAGUUGGCACCCAGGCAGCGGUGCUUGCAGGUUUUGCCGUUGUUAUGGUUGUGGAGUUCCACAUGCCGGAGGAAGCGCAUUUUGCUCUGCAAGGUGUGUACUACAUUUUUGCCGUCAUCACGCUUGUUGCCAAUCUCAGAUGUGUGGCUAUGACCACCUGCAUCACUGUGAUGGGCACUGGCUUAGCCUUGAGGGGCCCUGAUGGCUCCAUGGUACGGGCCGUGGAAGGCAUGUACAAGCAGAGAGCCAUUGUUUUCAGGUCCUUCGGCACCGGCAUCGUGUCAUGUUGCCUUAGCGUUGCAGUGAUCGCCUGGAUAAAGAUGGACAUAAUACCCGCAGCAAUCUGCACUGGAGCCAUUGCAUGGACCUUGUUCUCGAUAGCAAAAUAUACAAAUUUCUAUUUGGACUUCUUCAAGUUCAACGAGGAUGAAGUAGUUAGCUUGGACGACAUUUUGGGAGCGGACCUUGUGAACAAAGAAGCCAUUGUCAAACAGUUGGGCGUCGGAAGCGAUACCCUGGUGGAUGCGAUUGUGACAUGCUUGUUGGGCGAUAGGUCAACCAUUUCCUUGUUCGUUUUUGGCGAGGCCAUUGAGCACGCAUCGCCCAGACACGAGUUCGAAAUGUGGCAGUUGGCGACCCACCUCACUGGCGGAUCUUCAGAUGGACUCUCGGCCUUCACAGGUUGUAGUCUAGCGGAGGCCAUGGCUGGCGUGCCAAGUGCUGCAGACCAAGCACAGAGGUUUUUGCUGUGGCUGCCGAAACUCGCUGUGAUGGCUCAAAGCAAAGCUUCGCCCCGCUUGACAUUCGCAACAAAUGAAGACUUCAACGAAGCACUGCUGGAUGAUCUGCAGAAUCAGCAGCUUUCCCAACAUCUUUGCAUGGCAUGA